AUGGAUGUCCAGCUAGAGUGUAUACUGAUCGAGACAAGAGUAAUAGCGCCCGCAUUUUUUAUUCAGUCUCUCAGAGGUAAACCACUAAUCGUCUUCAAUAAGUACACCUACUGCCGACAUUCAGUGCGAAACGGUAUUAUAAGAUGGACUUGCUCUACCCAUUCAUACAAAUGCUGUAAAGCUGUGGUUAAGACAUCAGGAUCCCAUAUAAUAGAAGUUAAGGGCUUCCACAAUCAUGACGCUUCGGAGUUACUUAUCAAUCGAGGAAAACCUGCCUUCAAUAUAUCUCUGCCUGAACAAAUCCUUGUUAAGUCUUUCAAUGAGAAUCAACAAAAUGUGUAG